AUGGGUGUAAGAUCGGGACCUCCGAACGGAUCAGAAGAAUCCAAGAAAGAGUGGGGAAACUAUGAAUACCCAGGUGAUGUUAAACAUAUGAAGUGCCAUAAUUGCUUUUGCGCGAUUAUUUUCCUUAUUUUAUUUGGAUGCAUGAUUGCUUUGCUUGUUAUUGGUAUAGUGAAGGGUAAGAUUUGGACAUUAACACAUUCUUGGGAUACUCACGGAUUUUACUGUGGAUAUGAUAACACGCAAUUAGAUGUUAAAGAUCUUCCAGAAAAUUAUACAAAGCCAAACCUUGUUGACUAUCCAUAUCUUUUCUUCGAUGCUCUCAAUGUCUCUCGGCAGAUUUGUGUCAAGAAAUGUCCAACAUCUGGCUCACUUCAAGAUAUUCUUCAAUAUAAUGCUACACAAACAGGUCAUGAUAAGCUCCAGUAUCUUGAUAACUCAACAUAUAACACAGGCUACUAUCCAGAUGCUAACGAAACAUAUCAAUAUACCACAAAAGAGUACUUCAACAGAUGUAUCCCAGAUGUUGAUCUUGAAAAGGAUAUUAUCAAUGGUACUCAGUUCGUUAAUGGUUUACAGCAGGCAAUUGAUGCCAUUCCAGCCCUUUCUAGCGCUUUGAAUUCAGUUUAUUCACUUAGAUGGCAAAUUCUUGUUUGCGCUCUUGGUUCCCUUGUUAUCGGCCUUAUUUGGAUCAUGCUCCUCCGCUGCUUGACAGGCUGCAUUGUCUAUUUCGUUGUUAUCCUCGUCCCAGUCUCUUUGAUCGGUAUUGGUGUCUGGCUUUUCGUCAACGGAAGUGUCAUGGGUACAAUUAAGGAGGUCGUCAGCACAAAGAAGCUCUCCGGUGCUCAGAUUACCGCUGUUGUCAUAUGGUGCAUCGCAUUCAUCAUUAUUCUCAUCAUUAUCUUCCUUUGGAGCAAACUAAAGUCCGCUGUAGCCAUCAUUAAGGUCGCCGCUAUGGCUCUUGGCUAUAACUUCUUAGUUAUUUUCGUUCCGAUUAUUACGAUGAUCUUCUGCUUCUUAUUCUGGGCAGCCCUUUUGGUUUCAUCGGUAACUCUUUACACUUCCGCUAGUUUCAAGUACGAAAUCGACAACGAUGGCAAUGAUAAAGGAAUCGGCCAAGUCAAGUUUGAUUUGAACAAGGUUCUUCAGUACAUGCUUAUUUACAACUUUGUCUACCUUAUUUUCAUUUCCGUCCAUAUGUAUUUCGUCAAUUAUUACGCAUCUUCAGUUUCCAUUGUCAAAUGGUACUUCUCAGGCCAAGGCGGCAAGACAUGCUGUGGAUGCUCAUGCUUCUUCGGCUUCUGGCUUGCAUGGACAAAGGCAUUAGGUACAAUUACCAUUUCCAGCCUCAUUAUGACACCUCUCUACCUCUUUAUCAUCUUCAUGGAGUAUCUUGACAGGAAGUCCAAGAUGGAAAACGCUCCAAUUUUCAUCCAAUUCCUUAUCAAAUGCUUGAAAUGCUGCUUAUGGUGCUUCACGAAGAUCGUACAGUACUUGAACAAGGUGUUGUUCACUAUCCAGCAGAUUUUCAACACAAACUUUGGUCCAUCUGCCAAACUUGUCGUUGAUGUUGUGAUAUCUGACGCACUUUUGACAGUUAUGCUUAAUGGUAUCUCAUUCUUCAUCCUCUUCCUUUCCAAGGUUGUUGUUUCCGUAAUUACUACAUUGUUAUUCAUGAUUUGGGCUUAUUACGGAAAGAAUUCUUCAAUUGCAGGCUCUCUUCUUGCUGCUUUUGUUGUUUUCUUCCUUUCUUACAUCGUAUCAUCAUUCCUACUCUCUGCUUACGACAACAUCAUUGAUAUUGUCUUUGUUUGUUACCAAUCUGAGAAAUCUAUCGAUGGAUACUCAGCUGGUGAAGCUUCCAACAUGGUCAACCAGACAAUUGAUGAUAUGAAGAGCGCACACCAGUCUGAAAAUACUAAUAAUAAGGUGUCCGCUAAGAAAAUGGAAGAUGUCAAGGAUGAUAAGACAGAAAUUGCUGUUAAGUAUGGUAAGUAA